ACGACAGAUUGAGAUUGUGCAGUUUGCCAUCAGUACACGGCAGUUAUUUGUUCGGCUGCUUGCACUUGUAAGUGGGCAGCAAGCGCAGCCAAAGUGGAAAAAUGUGCAAGCAUCGUAGGAUUUUUGGACAAGCAGAACAUGCUGUUUGUGGAGACAGCGGACAUUCUGGCCAUGAUGGCGAGAGAGACGCUUGUGCAAGCAAGGUUGCCUAGCUUCCAUAUACCUUGUGCUGUCGAGGUUCUGACUUGGGCACAUACUCGAGGCUGCCCACGUGCAUUCGGGACAAGAUUGUGCCUCCUGAUCCUAUCACCCCUGCAGAAAGAAAAAGCACUCUGCAAAGGCUGGAUCAGAUCAUCCAGUAUCGUCUUGUGUCGUCUGAUUUGCCUUCCCAAAUGAGAUCGCACAGAAUUGGCAAGUUC